AUGGCCCCAUACACAGAAGAACAAAUUCACGAGGAACGUUAUACUCCAGAUCCUUACGAAACACAACCUUUCUUCGCACGGCGCCCCUCCGACGCCCAAGCACUCACUGCCAUGCCGUCCGACUCGUACUCGUUCGCAUCGGGAUCAUCUGGUCUCCGUUCUCAGCCUCAGCCACGCCGUCCACUUAGACAUAGUGUCUGGUCCCUCAAGAUGGACUCCCAGCGCCGACCUAGCUUUCAUAUGGCCAGAAAUAACAGCUAUAGUUCGGAGCACACCUUGUCACCGAUUGGCAGCGACGAUGGUGAUGACAGCGAUAGAGAUAUCGUGGACGAGGAAGUCGGAGAAGAACCUCCAACAGAACUUCCGGUCUUUCAGGAGCAGAAGUCAAAGCUCGAGCUUGCAUCCCAACGACGUUUAUUCAUUCGUUUCUUCGGCAAGGCUCUUCUCUGUGUUGGAGCACCGUCACACAGAAUCGAGGCCCAGCUAAACAAGGCCGCCGAGACGAUGAAAACAAAAACGUCCUUCGUCUACCUCCCUUCGAUCAUCAUCCUCUCUUUCCACAACCUUUCCAGCAAAACGUCCGACCUCCACUUUGUCAAAGCCGGAGGGCGACUCUCACUAUCUGCCCUUCACCGUGUACAAGACGUGUAUGAGGCCGUUGUCAAAGAGAAAAUCGGCGCCACCGCUGGUGUAGAACAGCUCGCCAGGAUCAUGAAGCGCGCUCCGAUCUACCCAGUAUGGCUUCGGUGCAUGUUUGCCUUCAUUUGUGGCGCAGUGAUCUGUUUGCUGUCGUUUGGAGGGAGCUUUUUGGACAUGUGGGUGGCCGGUGCUUGCGCAUGCGCGUUGCAGUUCCUCAGCUUGCGUUUUGCGCCGCAUAAGGAAGCGGCGAAUAUCUUCGAGAUAUCCAUUGCAAUGCUUAUCUCCUUUCUGGCGAGAGGUCUGGCCACGAUCCCUGGCCAUUACUUCUGCUAUUCCGCCAUCUCAUCCGCCGGCGUCGUUCUGAUUCUGCCUGGUUUCGCCAUCCUGAUCAGUGCUCUUGAGCUUGCCUCGAGAAACAUGUUCUGUGGCGCCGUCAGACUCGUCCACGCCAUCAUCUACACCUUCUUUCUCAACUUCGCCCUAACGUUGGGAUCGGAACUCUUCAUCGUCAUCGUCCCUAGUGCGCAAUACUCAAUCUCCACUCCCGCUGGUCCCUCCGACAUCAUGCACGGCUAUUUCGACACCGCCAAUGGCACAUCACCUCUCGACUUCACAGGCACUUGGACUUUUGCCACCGCCUCCACGAACCCCUCCCACGUCGCUAAGGGCUGCUACCACGAUCCAUCCUGGUCCUGGUACCGCCGUGGUAUUCCCUGGUGGCUCGUCUUUGUCCUUGUCCCCAUCUACUCCCUCUGCUCCUCGCUCCUCAACCUUCAAGCGUACAAAUCAUGGCGCCUCCUCGCCAUGGUCGCCUUUUCCUGCGCGGCGUACACAGCCAACAAACUCGCCGGGAUGUACCUUUUCGCGCGGUCGGACAUCGCUUCUGGGGCUGGGGCUUUCGUGCUCGGGAUCUUGGGAAAUGUGUAUGCGAAGUUCGUGAAGGGGGCGGCGUUCACGAGUAUGAUCACUGGCGUGCUUUUCCUCGUGCCGAGUGCGUUGAGUCAGACAGGCGCGCUGUUACAGCAGACGGAAGGGAGCUCGGCACAGCAGUAUCUGAGCAGUUUCGCGCUUGGAGUCAGGAUGGUGGAGGUUGCUAUCGGAGUGACGGUAGGGCUGCUUGUCAGUCAGAUGAUAACAGGGAGCGGGAUGCGCAAGGGCUUCUGA